AUGUCUUUCGUUAAUGGUCGAGACACCAAUGGCGGGAAAGCCGAUUCGUCUGGGCUUACGCUCACCUUUCUCGGUUGCGGCACGAUGGGAAUAGCAAUCCUAGGUGGCAUUCUUGAUUCGCUAUCGACAGGCUCCCAAGAAACUGCCUCGGCUACAGCAUCAAGCACAUCGACGGCGGUGCCAACACCACGGAGAUUGCCAUCCAGGUUUAACGCUUGUGUGAGACGGCCGGAGAGUGCGAAGCGUAUUCGCAAGGAACUGGGCCACUAUUCAGCCUUCCAGCAUGUCACGAUCCGCGAGAAAGAGAACCUAAUUGCGACUCAAGCAGCAGACGUUGUACUACUUGGUUGCAAGCCACAAAUGGUUGCCGGGAUUUUACAUGCUGAAGGCAUGCGCGAAGCGCUUACCGGGAAAGUACUGAUCAGCAUUUGUGCCGGUGUCACGGAGCAACAGAUUGAAAGCUAUCUGGCUGAAAUCGGUGCAUCUGGAUGCACGGUCGUCCGCGUAAUGCCAAAUACCGCCGCUGCUGUGCGCGAGAGCAUGACCGUCAUUGCUACCUCAAACCCACCAUUGUCUGAGGAGACCGACGUUCUCAUAGCUUGGAUAUUUACCCGCAUCGGUCGCGUAGUCCACCUUCCGUCCAACACUAUGGAUGCGUGUACUGCCCUUUGCGGAUCGGGUCCGGGCUUCGUAGCAGUCAUGGCCGAGUCUCUAGCUGCCGGCGCGAUAGCGAUGGGUAUCCCGAGGGAUGAGGCAUAUCUCAUGGCUGCACAGACUAUGCGGGGCACGACUGGUCUUUUACUUGCGGGUGAGCAUCCGGCCAUUCUUCGGGACAAGGUGAGCACGCCCGGAGGUUGCACGAUUGGUGGAUUAUUGGUCCUUGAAGAGGGUGGUGUGAGGGGUACCAUCGCAAAGGCUGUGAGGGAGGCUACGGUUGUGGCUAGUCAAUUGGGACAAGGCAAGAGUGGUGUGAAUGGCACGAGAAGGUGA